CCGAGAAAGUUCGCCAAGCUCAGGGCUGUAAACAUCUCCAUGUGGUGAAUCCUGAAUGGUUGUGGGCCUGUUUGGAGCGCUGGGAGCGAGUCGAGGAGCAACUCUUUCCUCUCAGAGAGGACUAUAACAAAUCACACAGGAGCAGUAGUCCCGCCAUGUUUCCAGACAUCCCCGGGUCUGUCCCGAAGCCUCUGUUCCAGGCCCCUCCUGUCCAGCAGAAGCCCCUGCCAGCACCGGAAAUGAGGACGUAUGACCCCGUCACCGGCAAACUAAUCCGCCGAGGUCCUCAGGCGUCCCGUCCACCCUCUUAUCUGCACUCGCGCGGAUCAUCCAUGUCGGCCAAAGGAGAUCUGUCCAGCCUCAGGUCAGCUCAGGGGUCUCAGCAGACGGAUGAGGCUGCAGGAUCAAGUCCUGAUGAUGAGCAGCCAGGACCUUCCCGCAGGAAACGACAGCCCAGCAUGUCUGAAACCAUGCCGCUCUACACACUCUGCAAAGAAGACCUGGAGAGCAUGGACAAAGAGGUGGAUGACAUCCUCGGGGAAGAGAGUGACAAUGAAAGCGAGGGAAAAGGGAAAGAGGAGAGGAUGGAGGUAGAGGAGGAGGACGACGAGGAAGAACAGCCCCACACGAGCAAGCAGAAGGCCCCAGCAUCAGAUCACGUUCCGCCACUGGCCGCUGUUGUUGAGGAAGCAGCCCAAACAUCGACCAGAGAAGAAGUCUGUGUAGUGGGGAAUGCGCCAAGGUAUUAA